UGGAAAGCCUUAAGUGCUGGUCCAAGCUGGUUUUCGUUUCCCAUACCCGCUAACAAUAGCUGCACACAUCAUUACCCAAUUUGCAGAGUGCCAACGUGGUUUGGGACUGGGCCGAAGAAGAUGGGAGAGAUUAGAGAGUGUGUUUGUUUAUUAAAGGUAUUUUGGGGCUUUUAAAGAAAAUUUGGUCAAAUUUGAAGAUCAGGGGAUAAUUUGCUCUAAGAUUUGAAAAUAUAGGGAUUUUAUAUACACUUAUUAAAUACUCAAUAUUCCUUGCUCAUUUUAUAUAUAACUUGUACUUAAUUCUUUUAUUUUAUUUUAAAAAAAAAAAAAUUUGAAAUUCAAAUUUCAGACGGAGUUAAUUACGCUUUCGUUGUGUUUUUUUGCUUUUUUGGAGGGCUAACGUCCCUUUUUAACAUGGGCCUCUUUUAACCUUUGGUCUCUAGAAACUCCGAGCAAAGUGAAAGAAAUCACAAGGAUAUUCUCUAGCGGCAGAGGUGGGUGAGGGUGAGGAGAGUUGUGAGUAUGUCGUCGUGGUCAAUCGGUUAUCGGGAAAUUCCCGUCCGAAGAUCGGCUCGAAUUGCACGAUGUGCCAACGCCUGCAAGAGUCGCGAUGGUGACGCAGACUCUCCCACGGUAAAAGAGAUGGCUGGAGUUAAUCGUACUCCCAGUAAUUUUAAGUUGGUUGCUUGUUCAAGUAGAAGAAUGAUGAAAAGCAGCACACGUUUUCUUCCUGAAGAGAUCAUAUUCAACAUCCUACUUUGGUUACCUGCUGAGGUUCUUUACAAUGUGAUGAGGUAUGUUUGCCGAGAGUGGUAUAAUGUGAUCAAUGACCCUGAUUUCAUUAAUGCACACCUUCAAAAAUCUACUGGUGGCAUCUUAAUCCGAAGUCGCAACACUGCAAAUUUAGUUUAUUCUGUGCAGAUACAUAAUUGUGAUGUUCAGAUAAGAGAGUUAGGCCCCGAGUUUCCUCUGCAUUUUUAUGGUAGUUGUGAUGGUUUAGUUUUCUCUUACUGCAUUUAUAGGCGUAUCUACUCUGUUCUAAAUCCUAUUACGAACCAACUAGUGAACCUCCCGCCAUUUUAUAAAACAUGGUCUAGAAGUUGUGUUGCAAUUUCAUAUGUUCGCUCUAUGGGAAGAUACAAAGUGAUGGUUAUCAUUCGUGAUGAAAACAACCUUGAUGACUGUUUGAUAUCAACUGUGGGUACUGAUAAUGCUUGGAGACAGAUUGAUAUUAAACAUUUGCCAGACUUUCGUAAUUAUUUGUUAUGUUGUGCUACAUUUAGUACAGGAGGGUAUAUUUAUGCGACUCGUGCUGGUGCUUGUCAUCUAUUUGCUUUGGACGCUGAAGCUGAAAUAUUUCACCAGUUUAAUGUUCCGAGUGUCUGCCUCACGGCAAUAAGAGCUACUUAUGUAGUGUGGAAAAGCUAUCUAUCUUUGUUGCUUCAUUGUGGUGAGUUUGUUUGGGAGCUUUGGGCCUUGACGGAAUUGAGUACAGAGAGUGGAGCAGGGUUUUGAGCCUCGACUUGAGAAGUCACUGAUGCAUGAUUGAGAGGCUUUUUAGCCAUGACUUGAGACGUCACAGAUGUUUGGUUGAGAGUAUUUACAGCUAUGACUUGAGACGUCAAAGAUGCAUUCUUGAUCAAAUAUCUGAUGUCUUAAAUGGUGAAUUGUCUCUCGAUUGUCGUUUGGUUCCUAUUGUCUUUUUAAAAAAUGGAGAGCUGGUUAUC